CCCUCUCUGCGGCUCCUGUGACAGCGGAGGUUUCAGAAAUCGAUUUGCUUGAAUGAGAAGUCAAACAGAAGCUCUGGGAGGACAAACUUUGAGCCGUCAAACAGUUUGAAGAGAGUUGGAGAAGGUCUUUGUCUCGUGCAGGAUGCUGCCUCACCGGAUGCUGUGGAGCGCGGUGGCGCGGCAGGUCGCUCCACGUCUGACCUACAGCACUGCAGCACAGCCGCAGGUGAAACCAAAAAAGACCAAAUUUGGCCCUCUGAAUGAUGAAGACCGGAUAUUCACCAACUUAUAUGGCCGCCAUGACUGGAGACUCAAGGGAUCACUCAAACGAGGAGACUGGUACAAGACUAAGGAGAUCAUACUGAAGGGAGCAGACUGGAUCCUAAAUGAGGUGAAAAUCUCCGGGCUCAGAGGCAGAGGAGGAGCGGGCUUCCCCACCGGCAUGAAGUGGAGCUUCAUGAAUAAACCCAGCGAUGGCAGGCCAAAGUACCUGGUGGUGAAUGCUGAUGAAGGGGAGCCAGGGACGUGUAAAGACCGUGAAAUAAUGCGUCACGACCCGCAUAAACUAAUAGAAGGCUGCCUGAUCGCUGGGAGAGCCAUGGGCGCUCGAGCUGCAUACAUCUACAUCAGAGGAGAGUUUUACAACGAGUCGUCAAAUCUGCAGGUGGCUAUCAUUGAGGCGUACAAAGCAGGGCUGAUAGGGAAGAACGCCUGUGGCUCUGGGUUUGACUUUGACGUGUUUGUGAUGCGGGGCGCUGGAGCCUACAUCUGCGGUGAGGAGACGGCCCUCAUCGAGUCUCUUGAGGGCAAACAGGGGAAACCCAGGCUCAAACCACCGUUCCCUGCAGACAUCGGGGUGUUUGGAUGCCCGACGACAGUUUCCAACGUGGAGACGGUUGCUGUGGCACCAGCGAUCUGUCGUCGAGGUGGAGCUUGGUUCGCCAGCUUUGGGAGGGAGAGGAACUCUGGGACAAAGCUGUUCAACAUCUCCGGUCACGUGAACACGCCGUGUACGGUGGAGGAAGAGAUGUCUAUUCCUCUGAGGGAGCUAAUAGAGAGACACGCAGGGGGAGUGAGGGGCGGCUGGGACAAUCUAUUAGGAAUAAUCCCAGGGGGGUCCUCCACUCCCAUCAUCCCUCGGCACGUGUGUGAUGAUGUCUUGAUGGAUUUUGACGACCUGGUCCGUGCAGAGACGGCACUGGGAACCGCUGCCAUCAUAGUCAUGGAUAAAUCGACUGAUGUGAUCCGAGCCAUCGCUCGUCUGGUUGAGUUCUACAAACAUGAGAGCUGCGGCCAGUGCACCCCAUGCAGGGAGGGAGUCGACUGGAUGGAUAAGAUCAUGUGGAGGUUUGUUAAAGGAGAAGCGGCAGCUUCAGAGAUCGACAUGAUCUGGGAGCUGAGCAAGCAGAUAGAGGGACACACCAUCUGUGCUCUGGGAGACGGAGCCGCCUGGCCUGUGCAGGGACUGAUCCGCCACUUCCGUCCCGUCAUGGAGAGCCGCAUCGCUCAGUAUAACAAGAAAAACCCUCCAAGAGAGACCGGGAUUGAGAUGAUGUGAAACUGUGCAGAGGUCCAUUUUAACAGUAACUAAGUAACAUCACAUUAUACUAUACAACAUUGUCUAUAAUAUUUUUAACAUAGAUUUUAAAAUAAUGGUAAUUCUGUACUGAUAAAGAAAAUUGCAUGUUCUUCUCCUUAAAAUGAAAUUUCCUCCAAGUUUUAAAGUUAUCAUCAUUGCAAAUCCUUCACGGGCGACAUGUUUUUCCAGGGUUUUCGUGUGAGGAUGGGUGGUCUAUUUUUGUACUAUAAAUUCUGCAGCAAGUUGAAGCAGUGAAUUUAUUUUGGCAGGCAGAACUGUGGACAGCUAAUUGGCAGAUGUGAUGGACUUGCUUUCUGAUUAAAUGUGGCAGAACAGACUAAUGAGGAAAAUACACGUCAUGAAAAAUCACAAGCUCAAACACGGCAAUAAAUUAAGUUUAUUUAUUUCAUAAAAGCAUGAAAUAAAUUCAAUAGGUUUACUACAUAUUAGUCCGACAUAAUCUGUACAAAAAGACCAGAAUAGGAAAGAACGGAGUCAGUGACUUGGACAGGGAGAAAGGAAAGGAAAGGAGGUGACAAAGUACAAAAAGCUGUACUUUGGGAUAAAAAAAAAAAAGAAAGAAAAGUGGUCAGUGACGUGCAACAUCAUUGCCUUGUGAUAUUAUUUUAUAUUCACCUGGCGUAAAAUCAUUCCAAAAUAACACUGGAGGCAGAAAUCUGACCAGCUAUACAUCCACAAAAUAGUUUGGAGUUUCAGUCCUGCAAAUCUUCAAACUAUAAUGUGCGCACCAAAAGAAACACUUUUCCAAAACAUUAGCACGUCCGUUUGGACCCAAGUACUAAAAUAACGCUGCAACCAACAUGUAGCUGUUAAG